CUGAUGUGACUGCUACGUUUAAUUUUUUUCGCAGCGCUGAGCAAAAGAGAAAAAAGAAAAAAAAAAAAGUUGCCUGUUACUGCCAGAACUACAGGUCAUGCCAGACAAACAGAAGACAGCACAACCUAGCCGUAAAGGCAAGAAGGCAUGGCGGAGAAACAUUGACAUUCAAGAUGUAGAAGAACACCUCGAGCAAGUUCGAAGUGAAGAGAGAUCAGGAGGCAAGAUCUCUGAACGUAGCGAUGACAAGCUUUUCAUGAUUGAUGUCAAGGGAGACGAUAGAGUCAAGCGACAGCUCGCCAAAGACAAACCGUUGUAUAUUGAAAAAAUUCUCGAGAGUCGAUCAGCGAUACCCGCCGUUGGCACUCGUUUGUUUUCGCUUCCUAAAGCAUCGCCCAAGGAUAAAGGAAAGGAGAGCAAAUCCUACAACGCCAAGAUUGACAAGCUGGUCAAGCGAAAGUUAACUCACCCCGAGCCCGCUAAGCCUGCCAAAAAGUCCAAAGGCACUGCUUAUGAUGUUUGGGCUGAUGAAGAACCUACCACCGUGGAACUAAACCCUUACCUGGAACCUGUACAUAAGCGUAAAGUGCACGCACCUGCCACCUUAAAAGUCAAGCCUGCUGCCGCCGUUCAUCUGCCUGCCGUCCAAGUUGCCGAUGCUGGUGCUUCUUACAAUCCUACCAUGGAAGAUCAUCAAGCAUUGUUGCGCAAGGCUCACAAGGUUGAAGAAGAUAAGAUUGCGGAACGUGAGCGCAUCAACAAACAACUUGAAUUCCGAAAAGAAUUGCUGGAGAUGGAUGAUGAUGAGGUAGCCAAAACAGACGAUGAAGAAGAGGAAGACUCAGACGUCCAUAGCGAUGACGAUGAAGAAACGCGGAAACGCAAGGAAAUCCGAAAGAAAACUCGUACAGAGCGAAAUCGUUUGCGAAGAGCCAAGGAGACCAAGUGGUUGGAAGAUCGUCGAAGAAGGGAGAAGGCCCUGAACAAGGAACUUCACAAAUUAGACGAAAUUCAACAGAUGGUUGUGGACAUAGAGCAGGAAACCGAAGAAAAAGCUAAACAGCGACAAGAGCGACAAGAAGCAAAGGAAAAGGCAGGUUUGCCUCGGUUAGGCAAACACUAUGUCCCGAAGGCUCCCAUUGAAGUCCAACUCACCGAAGAAUUAAGUGAGAGUCUACGAACUUUGAAGCCUGAAGGAAAUGCCUUCAAAGAUCGAUUCAAUAGCUUGCAAAAGAGAAAUAUCAUCGAACCCAGAGUACCUGUUGCUCCCAAGAGACGAUAUAAGCUCAAGGAAUACGAAAAGCAUUCUUACAAGCAAUUUGAUCGUGCUAACAACAACAAGAAAUAGAAACUUGUCCCCCAUU